AUGGAAGUAAGAGACAAUGGGAAUCAAUCCACUGUCACUUGGGUUAUCCUUAUGGGAUUUGGAGAUCUCCAACAGUUUCAGUUUCUGCUCUUCGUGCUCUUCCUGGCAGUUUACAUUGUGACUCUGUUGGGAAACCUCAUCCUUAUUGUCCUAGUGGUGACAGACCAGCACCUUCACACCCCCAUGUAUUUCUUCCUGGGCAAUUUGUCAUCCUUAGAGAUCUGUUACAGCUCUACCAUUGUACCCAGGUUACUGAACACACUAGUGGCUGAUGAUAAAACAGUUUCACUAAGCAGCUGUUUAGUGCAAUUUUUCUUCUUUGCAUUUCUAUUAGGGGCAGAAAGCCACUUGCUGUCUGUUAUGUCUUAUGACAGGUAUGUAGCUAUAUGCAAACCACUGCAUUAUGCAACCUUUAUGAGCACCACAAUCUGUAUCCGGCUAUCAACCAUUUCGUGGAUCAAUGGAUUUAUAGCCAGUAUUGUACUGCAAUUUCUAAUCAUGCCAUUAACCUUCUGUGGGCCCAAUGAAAUUGAUCAUUAUGUUUGUGAUAAUGGCCCUCUGAUCAAACUCUCCUGCAGUGAUACCAGCCAGGUUGAACUCGCAACGUGUAUCCUGGCAUUCAUAUUCACCAUACCCCCACUUUCCCUAACUCUGGCAUCUUAUGCAUACAUUAUAACCACCAUCCUCAAAAUCCCAUCCAGCACAGGGAGAAAAAAGGCCUUUUCCACUUGUUCUUCUCACUUGAUUGUGGUUUCCUCUUAUUAUUUGUCUGUAAUGAUUGUGUAUAUGUUGCCAAAGACUGAAGACGUGAGAAGAAUAUACAAAAUCAUGUCUCUCUUGUACACAGUCCUUCCACCUCUGGUGAAUCCUUUCAUAUAUAGUCUGAGGAAUCAGGAAGUAAAAGAGGCUCUUUUCAGGAAGCUUAUGAUUUUCAAAACAGUUCAGCCUGGUCCAGUUAAAAUUUGGCGAAGCAGUCAAAAAUAG